UUUUUUUUCUUCUUUACCCCCGCCCAGCUGGAAUCAUCCAUUGUUUUCCACAUUGAGCUAACAAAUAAAUAGAACGGGGCAUCCCUACUUUUUUUUGUUCUUCUCGGUUCGUCUUCGUGGGCACAUCUCUCUUCUCAACUAUUGACUGGCCUUUGACCAUUUUACCUUGACCUCAACACAUCAUCAAGCUCCAUCUUUUCUUCUCCAAUCAUUAUUACCGUCAUCAAUUCAACAAAUCUUUUUUCUAAUCCAUGUCUGCAUAUUGCUUAGACUGAUUCUUCCAAUCCCUCUCCCCCUUCAGACUAUUAUUACUACAGCCAUUUCCUUGUCCUGGUCCUUCCCCUUGUUGUCUAAUCUCGCUGACCAUCACCUUUAUAAAGAGGAUGGAUCUUCCACGACACUAUAAAAGCAGCUGUAAUUCGUCUUGCAGGUCAGACCUCCCACCUUCUCAUUCAGCGUCUAGGUUACAAAUCGAGGCAGUAGUUUGUUCUAGCACUCAACAACCACCAUCUACAUUUUUCCCUUUUCAACCACCAUCCUCACUGACUAGCCCAAUCAUGUCGCCGAGCUGUCGUGAUUCUCUUCGUAGUCUUCAUGGUAGCCCUAGAGUUUCAAAAGCGACUGAUCACCACCAUCAUCACAAUCUUCAUCGUCGUCAUCCUCAAGUAACACAUCGACAUUGUAGCCAAGACAUAUUGCAUUGCGAUCCCCAAAAUCCAUGCAUUGAUCAUCAUGCUACUGCCCCAACCACUGGUUGCAUUUCCUAUAAGACUAUCGAGCAAUCAUCACAUCUUGAUACAGAGCAGAACUCCCUUGAUUAUGAUCAUAACGACCAGCCCCAGCGACAAGAGCAACAUCAACAGGUCACAUCUCAUACUAUCAGAGAGCACUCGCCUUCUCCGCCACAGCAAGCACCACAGAUGCACCCCGACGCUCAUCGUACGUCAUCCCUAAAAUCCGGUCCGCGGAGCAACGACAACAAUGAGCAACAAAGACAUUCUUUUAUUUUUGCCCAAUUAAAAGCCAACCUUCAAGCCGCUCCGAAGAAGCGGCCUACCAUUACUACAUCCCAGCUUUCGCGGCCUAUAAGACGGUCGUCAGAAAGCAACAAUACUACUACAUCGGCGCCACUGCCUUCGCUUUAUAAAACAUCCACAGAGAACACUGUUGAUGACAGCCAAUAUACAGCAGGCAUUAGGGGUCCUUCAUUGUGGACUCCAAUUGCUGCUACACCCACGCUGUUUGGUAUACCAUGCUCAGCUGCAGGGCAGAGAGCAUACUCGAACCACAACUCUGAUAUCGAGAGAAGCUUUCUGAAACUACAAGACGAAGAUAGCGGAAAGGUCAAUCAUCGAACAAUAGCAUUUUCAACCCAUCUGACAAUAUCACGCUGGGAGCCUAUCAACAUGACUUUUUCCUCGGAGGAUCGUACAACAACAGGGGCAUCCCCUUUCGCCAAGAAGUUGGACGAUCAGCAGCAGGCACGACAACAGCAGCAUCGGGAUAACCCUGUUUAUGCUGCACGUCUCAUAACUUUGGCUAAUUUUAUCCGCCACAUCAUCUCAUUGAGUUCUGGUAGCUCCCCGCUUCAUUCAGGAUUGGUACAGCAAAGAGGUCAUGAAUUACAGCGACAACAAAAGAUUCAAAACUGCAGACCAAUAAAUACUGCUGCUACAUACAGUAAUGCUUUUAAUAGUAUUAGGGCGAAUCGGGAUUUGCCUUCGCCGUCUUCACCUUCCUCAACAGGGCCUGGACCCAUCAAGUCAAACUCACUAUCGGCACGGAGACAUCGCUUUUCUGCCGAUUAUAAUGAUCACCAUGCACGUCGUCAACAACAACAGCAGCAGCAGCAGCAGCAGCAGAGGCAACAAGGUUUGGCACAUGAUAGAGUGAGUUUCGAACAUCUGCAGUCUCCCCAACAAUCCUCAUGGCAACAACAUCAGGACUCUGUGCUUCUAGACCAUCCAUCCGAAGCCUAUACUCAUCAACUACCGACUCCAACUUCGCCGACAUUUGUUACAGAUCGUCAUAUGCCACAAGAGCAGCAGAAACGACAGCGAUUAUACAACACUAACGCGGCUCUGCCUUCAAGUCCGAUCACUCCAAAUCCUACUUUGCCAUUGGUUCAAAUUCCAUUCCCAAAUCUGACGCUUACUCUUGCACUCAUUUACGUGGACCGGUUGAAAGCUAAAUAUCCCGAUGCCAAAGGAGAGGCAGGAGUCUCACAGAGAUUAUUCUUGGUUGCAUAUAUCCUUGCUGCAAAAUACCGCUGCAGUGUCGAGCUCGCAGCCCUGUUGCAGGAAUAUAAUAAUCACAUCAUAGCGGCAGCAACAGCAGUAGACCAGAGCAAAGAUUUAGAGUUGGCGCUGAAGUUGAGCAGGAAUGGAUAUGGGGAUGAUGAAAUCAAUGAUGAUUUCAGCAACAACAGCAAACACAACAUUCCUGCAGGUGUAGAUGUAAACCAGAGUGAUAAGGCGCUGAGCAUGAUUGAACGGAGGAUCGACGAAGCCCGGUCACGCGCACAACUUAUCUUUUCAAACUAUGAGUGGGCUCGACUUUUGAGUCUUGGUUCAUUUUUUAAUCCACAAAGCCUGUUGAAUCCAAAUCAGGCACCGCCACCGCCACCAAUUCUGUCAAGUGAUGCACUGAACCUUGAUUCUUCUGUUGACUAUAAAAAAUCAGACCCUGACUCUGUGCUCACAGCUUUACCUUCACCUUCACCUUCGCCCACGCCCACGCCUACGCCCACCCCCUCGCCCUUAGCUAAGCCCACAUCCAUGUUGUCAACUAUUCCCUCAGCUACAUCUGUGACGAUCUUGCAAGUUGAGGACCUAGAUCGGAUGGAGGCCGAAUUUUUGACUUUUUUGGAUUUUGAUUUGUCAACCAAGAGUCAGGACCUUGAAACCUGUUGGAACCUUCUUGUUGGGAAAAAUAGCCCUUGA